ACGGGACGGUUGCCUACAAUACCAACAGCACCAACAACCAAACGUAACCAGCCAGCCAAGUUAAACACUUUUACAACGCCAACAAAUAAUUCUUUCGAGUGAGUGCAGGCUGCUGAGCACGUUUGAUUGUAUGUGUGUGUGUCUAAGUGUUAGUGGGCGUAGGAGGGCUGGUGCGCAUUUGUGAGCGUUUUGGCGAGUGGAGGAGCAACAAAAUCAACAAUUCGUUGGCGCCGCCGACGACCUCGCCACCCAUCCCCAUCGUUGUCGUUGUAUAGUCGCUGAGUACCGACUAUAACGGUAUACUAUCACUGUGACGAUGUGGUGGCCACAUGUGGCAGUGUGUGUUGUGGCGGCCAUCAGCCAGCAACAGAAAAGCUAAACGUUAAGAGCCAAAGUGCCACAAACGGAUUUUCCGUAGGUAGAAGAGUAGACGCCAUUUUUUCCUCGUCGCUUGCGACGUACGGCCGUACUUACUGUCUAAGUGUGUCUCUGCAAAUGCGAGUAAGCUUUGGAGUGUAUGUACGUGUGUGCGUAAAUGUAAGGAAAAAUAUAUUUUAUUAACGGCAGUGGAGAAGAUUGCAGCGCCGCUGAAAGGAGGAACACACGGACGACACAGUGUGGCGGAACACUUUGUACUUUGGUUUUGGUAGUGUAAUGGCAAAAGUGACGGGUAACGGUAACGGCGUCGGAGUCCGAGACGCUACUGGAGUCUGAGUCUGAGGCGAGUCGUUGACGCUAGCAGUGCCAUAGAAAAACGCUUUUUGAGCCAAAGUGUGAGAAUUUGUUGUGCACAAAGUAAAAAAAAAAAUCCAAUAAAAUAAAAAUAUAAAGGAAGAAAAAAUACUGAUAAAGAAAUGCCAUUGGGUGGGACGCAACGCUGCUGGCGAGUGUGGUAACCUGCCGAACGGGCUUAAGUACUUGUAAAUAAAAGAUUUGUUUGCAUAUUUUUCACACUUCGUUGCCUAAGCGGAAUGAAGUAAAUUUUUAAGUGCGUACAAUUUCUGCAGCCGUCAAGGCAUAUGCAAGGGAAUUGCAGCGGAAUUAUUGAAGUGUGAAAUUCAGAGGCGUGUGGAUGCAACGACAAGCAGCGAAAAUGUCUACGGCAAUGUUGUUUGUGGCGGCCCGUAUUUGUAGUAGUUGUGGCAGCAUUGCAGAGAGCGCAUUCUAUAAGCUAUGGCAACAUUAAUACCGUCCUCAAAUGUUGAGGCCGCUUAUGAAGAUAUGUUCAAAGAAAUCACAAGAAAAUUAUAUGGGGAAGAGACCGGAAAUGGUUUGCAUACAUUGGGCACACCGGUUGCGCAGGUGGCGACCACUGGGCCCACAGCACCCGAAGGCGAGCGUUCAUUCACGAAUUUGCAGAUCGAUCGCAGCGCUGCACCGACCAUCGAAUAUGACAACAAUGCCGCAAUGGCAGCUAAUGCAGCGGCCAAUGUAGUGUCAACAGCUGCUGGCGCGACAAAUGUUGUUAUCCAACAACAACCCGAAGGUUCUGUGGUGGUAGCAACAACAGGCGGUAAUUUCAAAUCGGAAGAUCACUUGAGUACGGCAUUUGGUCUGGCGGCGCUAAUGCAAAAUGGUUUUGCUACUACCACAAGCGGCGCCACUGGCACCGCUGGUACGGACCAACAACAGCAACAGCAGCAGCAACAACCACAACAACAGACACAAAUCGUACAGUGGACAACACCAACGGCAACAGGUGGUAAAUUACAAAGCUAUACGGCUGCCACUCAACAACAGCAACAGCAGCAGCAACAACAACAACAACAGCAGCAGCAGCAACAACAGCUUCAGCAACAAGUUGGCACAUCUAAGUCAAAGUCCAAAAACCGCAACGACGCCACCACCGAAGUGAUCUACACUAGUCCCUCGACCUCCGGCAACACCAUGAAUUCCGGUCAGGCCCAACAACAGACCGCACCUACAUCAUCGUCGAAUGCUGGUGCGGCCACCAGUUCAAGUGGCGGCAACAGUCGCAAGAAGUCCCACAACAACAACUCGUCGCAUAACAACCACCAAAAUGGCAACAAUGCCAACAACAACAACGGCGGCGUACAAGUGCAAAAACGUUACGCUUGCACUCACUGUCCCUACUCCACCGAUCGACGAGAUCUCUACACUCGUCACGAGAACAUACACAAAGAGGAGAAGCCCUUUCAGUGUUUCGCUUGUCUGAAGCAAUUCAAUCGGGCCGAUCACGUGAAGAAGCAUUUCCUGCGCAUGCAUCGCGAAUUACAGUACGACAUAAAUAAGACGCGGCGUCACGUACCCUCGUCGAACACGGCCAACAGCGGCGGCGGCAAUCACCAUGCCGGCGGACGUGGCAACGUCACCAUAACAGCGGUAAAUACUCAACUCACAAACAAUACGAACAUCAGUUGUGGCUCACCCGAGCAAAAACCCAACAUCAUAUUCCAGGGCGCGAACGUACAACUGGACAAUGCAUUCCUGGAGACGCAACGACAGCCCACAUCAUCGAUCAUGAGCAUUGCGGAGACCAUUGAAGCGGUGGCAACGGCCGCUGAUGCGCCAUUACCACAACUCAAACAGGAGAAGCAAGAUGACAUUGUUGGUGGUAGUGGUGUCGGCGUUGGCAUCGGUGGCGGCAACAUUGACAAUGGUGGCAUUGUUGGUAACAGUGGCGCCCCCACUGGCAAUCUUAAGCCGAAACGUGAGAAACGAUUCACCUGCUGCUACUGUCCCUGGUCUGGCGCGGAUAAGUGGGGCUUGAAGCGUCAUCUGAAUACGCAUACAAAACCGUUUGUAUGCUUGCUGUGCGACUAUAAAGCCGCGCGCUCCGAACGCUUGGCCACGCAUGUGCUGAAGGUGCACAAUAAGCGCGCAUGCAACAAGUGCUCCUUCCUUGGCGACACGCAAGAGGAGUUUCAGGCGCACAUCAAUGAAGUGCAUUUACUUAAAAUGGACGCAAUCAGUCGCAACACCGCUUCAGUCGCUCAGGAUUUUCAUAAGGCGGGAGGCGUGCAAGAGUUGAAAAUUCCAGCUAAUCAUCAACUCCUGUUCAAUAAUAAACUGCCUUCACAAUGGACGACCAAAGAGGCUGCGGCGCUACUCCAUUCCCUAAGCAACAACAGCAACUUUGCCAACAACUAUCAGCAACAUCUGCAGCAGCAGCAGCAACAUCAGCGCAAUAAAUACCACCACCAGCACCACAACAACAGCAAUACCAACGGUCAUAUGCGUCAGCGACAACAUUCGACGGGUGAGGAUGAUGAGAACACACCCUCGUCUGCCUCAUCGACCACCUCAUCGAGUGAUGAUGGCGCUUCGCCGUUAAAAGGCAUUGUUCGGCAAUAUGCGACUGAUUCAGCAGCAACAACAGCAGCAGCCAUGCAUCACAGCAAUGGCGGCAGCGGCAGCGGCAGCAGUUAUGGCAACAGUGAGCAGAGAAAGGCGAUGUCGGCAUUCUUGAGCGAAAAUUUCGAUCUGCAAGAAACAUCUGAAACUGUAAUGGAAAUGAUGGCAGCAGCAGCUACUAGCAACAACAACAAGCGCAAAUACCAGCAAUACCAACGGCUGGACAACGAUGAAGAUCAAGAAAAUCAAGAGCAGCUUAUUAGAUCGCCUCCCGCGUACAACAAAGUCAUAAAUUACCACAACACCAACAACAACAACAACAACAACAACAACAACAACAACAACAGCCAACAUACGAAAACCAGAACGCUCAACCAACGUGCAACGAAUGCCGCGCACAACAACCGCGAACAUCGUCUUGAUCUGCCGCACAUUGAUCGCGACAACAAAGAGAACAACAAGCAGAAUGCUGCCACAUUCCUCACCACUAUGGAAUAUCAGAAUUUGAAUAAGGUUAGCACACAAAUACAAAAUUAUGUCAAGGAUAUCAUCAGUAAGUAUUAUGCGGAGACGCCGCUCAUGUAUCCGGCCAUGCCGACGGCUACCGAGACGCCACACGGCAGUCAACAGCCCGCGGAACUACAACUGUCACAGCAACAACAUCAGCAACCCUCACCAACGCGCCGCAAGCGCAUGCUUAGCGAGACAGAGGAGUACAUAGAAUAUUUGCGCAACAAAGAGGACAUCACGCUGACCAUCACACCCAAAGUGUCCGCCGCGCAUAAGCAGCGGCAUACCAGUGCCGUUUCGCACCUACACCAACAGCGACUAAGCCCCACGCACUCGACGCUGGCAGCAGCAACGCCGGCUGUGACACUAGCGCCCAUUGUUACGACCAUUCCACAGCCAAUACAGACAUCACAGCCACUACCACAACAGCCACAGCAACAGCCCAGCAAGCGACGCAAAUCGCUAUCACAAAUAGCCACACUGUUGCCAUUGCUGGCGGAUGCGGCCUGUCAGCAGCAGUAUCUCACCGCGCCACUGGACUUUAGCAAAAAGCCUAUGCACGCCGCCAACGUGGCCGCGACAAUCAUGCCCACACCCACGCCAGCAGCGCCUACGACAUUUAACGCUUCGCCCACGCUCACACCUACGCCUGCAACAGCAGUGGUGGCACCCAUAUCAGCAAAGGUCUCUGUCAUACAAGCUGCACCCAUGCAAAAACAAAAACCACAACAACAACAAAGCGCCGCUGCGCCGACUGCUGCCGGUGGCGGUCAGAGCGCCCACGACAAGCGUUCGUCACGCAAACAGGCGCAACCAAAGAAAAUACGCGCGCCACCAGAGGUAAUAGUAGCCAUGUUGCGCGACAAAUACCUGAAUCGCAUGGUCGAUCAUAAGCUGAGUUGUCGUGCGUGUGCGCAAGACAAGCAGCGCGCCGCCGCGAUGCUCGUAUUCAACUAUCACACCAAGGGGUCAUUGGCGUUGCACAAAUACUGGAGGCAUCGGGUGGUGAAAAAAAGCUGUCGCCAUUGCAAGCAAGCUUUCAAGCAGCGCAGUAGUUUGGUGGUUCACUGUUGGCGUGAGCAUCGUGACGUCAUGCAAAGCAAGGGGCGGAGGAGGAGUGUGAAAAUGGUAAAUGAAAAGAUAAAGAAGCAGCGAAAGAGGGGAAGUAAGAAACAGUCGAAGCAAGCGAAAAAAGCAAAAAAAGCGGCGUUGAAGGCGUAAAGUGGAGUAGGAGGAAGUAGUAGAAGUGUUAACAUAUGGACACACAUGCAUGUAAAAAUGCGAACCGUAAUGUGGGUGGAUUGCUUGGGCCAGCCCAAGUAGCUUGGAAUAAGUUAGUGGGCGCGUAAAUUGCAGUUACAAGUGGUGGGCGUGGGCUUUAAUAUGUACAUUCAAUGUUUCAAUGCACUAACUUGCGCAUGCGCGUAAAAUAAAAAUAAUUUAGGCUUAACCAAAAUUUUUUUUUAAGAAUGAUUUUCAAUGUUGAAAAAAAAAUAUUAAAAGAUGGCCGAAUUUCCAAAAUAUUUAUAUGUAUUUCUCGGCGUAAUCCAAGAGAAUUCAAAACGCAAUUUUUUUUAUGAAUUCAAUUUUUUUGCCCUAUAACCCAAAAAGCAUUUUAUUAUUUGCAAGCUGUAUGGUUUAAAAAUAUACAGAGAGCUUCAAAAAGCUUGGCAUGCAUGUCUAUGAAGUAACCAACUGCGACAUACUAUCUAUGACGUAGAAUAUUAAUGGUCUGAAAUAUGCAAAAAAUCGUUUUGAGUUUGGAGAGUUGACCUUUUAAACAACCAGUUUGAGGGAUAUGGCUUUCUACAACGAAUAACAAAUACUUUUUUAAAAUUGCUCCGAGGGGUGACAACACCCAGCCUUGUACUUAGAUUUGUAUAUCUAAAUAAAAUUUUAUUUUAGGAUAAUGUGGGUUCAAUUAUUUCAAAAUUUAUUGGGUCAAGUAAUGUCUCUUCAACUAUUUCCGAGUGCUUCCAAUUCUCAAAACCAAAAAAAAAUUUAAAAAUUUAGAUAAAACUUUCUGCUACAGUUUCAUAUCACCACUUUUCAGCGUCUUAGUGUUCCGUUCAGCUAUAAGUUUUAUAUGCACGUCAAAGCCACAACCCUGCUUGUCUCAUUUGUCGCAAAUUUUUGCGCGCUCAAAAGCCUACCAGCCGCACAGAUUUCUCUGCUUUAAAAAAAGUCCUAAAUAUUUCAUCAACACUCCAUUUUUUUUGUUUUAAAUAAAACAUAACUGAGUAGAUACAUAAAAACAAUUUUUGGAUAAGGAAAAAGCGCGGCCAUGGGUAGAAAUAACCAGCCAUAAGAAAGCGGUCGGACACACUCGAAUAAAAACUUUUAUAAGAUAGAAAAUACAUACAUGCAUAUGUAGCUAAUGAAAAGCAGUUUUGCUUCAAUCUUUUUUUAUAUUUCAUUUUACAUUUACCAUUAUUUAAAUUGCCAAUAAGUGUACGCCGUUUAAGUUACUUACAUUUAAGUUAUAAUGUACCUGAAAUAUGUUUUCUCUUAAAACUUAAAGGAAAAAGGAAAACUGCUUAUGCAGCAUGUAUUAAAUUAAUAUUUGAACAAAAAAUAAAAAUAAAAACACAUUGCGAAAAAGCCUUUCAUACUUAAUUAAAUUAAAUUAUAUUACAUUAAUUAUAUAUACAUAUAUGUUAAAUUAUAAACAAACUAUGGUUAUGUAUUAUAUCGUAUUUGGCGCCAUCCUAAUGAAGUCACAAAAUACAGUUAGUGGCUAAACACAUACUCACACAUGUAAAAGUUGCGCUCGAGUAUGUUCAAAUAGUGUUUACACGAAGCUUUAAUUUGCCAAUUCCAUUGAUGAAAAUUUGGUUAUAACAGAAAUAUUUAUAUACAUACAUACACUGUAAUUUAGUAAAAGUUUUAGCCUCGUUAGGUGGUAAAUUUAUAUGAGAAUUUAAUUAAUGUUUUGUUUGUGGUACGAAGCAAAGAAACUUAAUAUACAUAAUUUAUGUUGCCAUUUGCCCAAGAGCAAAUAUAAAAAGUAAUCUUAACACACACAAACACUUCGUACACACACACACACACACACACACACACGUAUAGCAUAAGACAAAUGUUUUUACAAGAAACCAGCAAAGGUAAAGAGAAAAACUAAAAACAACAUUUUGUAAAGGGUUUUCGACACACUCGAAUCUUUAAUGAUUGCAGAAUUGUUUCACCAACUUGCCACUUGCGUACUUUAUACAUAUAAAUCUUAUUUAUGUGUCUAAAUAUAAAAUACAAGUAAUUUUUACAAAAGCAUAUAAUUUUUUGCAUGAAAUUGUGAAUUCCAAAAUGUAUUUUUUUAUAUUAUACUCAUUUGAAUGCCUUAUUUUAUUGUUUUACUUUUUACUUUAAUUAAUUUUAUUAUAUUUUCACGUAUGCUUUAAGUCACCUUUAAGUCGCCUUUUUCUUGCAUAAAAUUAUAUUUAGUUUAUACACAAGGAAAGCAAACAAAUAUGCAUACAUGUAUGUACAUACACACAUAUGUAUGUGUGUAUGCAAAAUUAGAAGCUCACUUAAAACUUAGUACAUAAUAGUAAUUGCAACGCAUUAUACUCAUUUCCAUUUGACCAAAUAGUCAAACUAAAAAACAACAAAGACCUUUAUUUAAAAACCAAUAAUAAAAAUUAAAAAAGCACUUGAUGUACGUAGCAUAUAAAAAGCGAGCGUUGAUUACCAUACGAAAGCGAAAGUAAUGGACUGAAAAUGCAACAAAAGAAAAAACAAACAAAAACACGUACAUACAAACCUAAAA